AUGGAUCAGAGCUCCGAGUGUCUGAGGAUUGUUCUAGUUGGUAAAACCGGUUCUGGAAAAAGCUCUUCUGGAAACACAAUUCUGGGACGUAAAGUCUUUAAAGCCAAGGCAGACUCCAAAUCAGUCACAAAGCUUUGUCAGAUAGAGCAGGGUGUGGUGGACGGCCGUCACGUUGCUUUGGUCGAUACUCCGGGUCUGUUUGAUGACAGUUUGUCCCAUGAAGAAGUUAAUGAUGAGAUGUUGAAAUGUAUGAGUCUUUUGGCUCCAGGUCCACAUGUCUUCCUGCUGGUUUUACAGAUCGGUAGAAUCACAGCAGAGGAGAAGGAGACAUUGAGGUUAAUAAAGAAAGGAUUCGGGAAAGGUGCAGAAAAAUUCACCAUCAUUCUUUUCACAAAUGGAGAUAAACUGGAACAUGAGGAGCAGACAAUCAAAGAUUAUAUUGGAGGAAAUGAUUACUUGAAGAAGCUGAUCUCUGACUGUGGAGGAAGAUACCACGUAUUUAACAACUAUGAUAAAAAAAAUCGAACACAAGUCAGUGAGCUGAUCAGGAAGAUCGACAUGAUGGUGAAGGAAAAUAACAACAGCUUCUACACCAACGAGAUGCUGCAGGAGGCUGAAACUGCCACUGAAAAAAUAGAGUAAAUCCUGGAGGAGAAGGAAGAAGAGAUGAGGAGAGAAGAGGAGGAACUUAAGAGAAGGUAUGAUGAAGAAAUGCAGGAAAUUAGAAGAAUAAUAAACUGUCAAACCAGAGU